GCAGCCCCAAGAUGGCGGCGGCUCCGGCGGGGAGCGGGGCCGAUGCCCAGGCGCGGUUCGGCCGCUCGGUGAAGGGGCUGUUGAUCGACAGGGUGACCGGCUGCGGCACGGACGUGAUCGCCCUCACCAAGCAGGUGCUGAAAGGCUCGCGGAGCUCCGAGCUCCUGGGUCAUGCUGCUAGAAACAUGGUGAUGCAAGAAGAUGCCAUCCUGCACUCGGAAGAUAGUCUUAGGAAGAUGGCUAUCAUAACCACUCAUCUCCAGUACCAACAAGAAGCUAUUCAGAAGAAUGUCGAGCAUUCAUCAAAUCUGCAGGACCAGCUGAGGCACCUUCUGAAAUGAAGCAGGAGAAGCGAAAUACCCAGCACACCUAGCGGGAGCUGAUGGGAUGACCUGUGUCAGUGGAGCUCCAGAGUCUCUCCCUGCUUCAGCAGUUACAUUGCAAGGCUAAGCUGUGCUGAAAGUCAGUUGUGAAAACGCAGUAUGUGUGUUACUGAACAAACAGAGCUGUGGAUAGGCGUGGGACGGCUCUGUUACCUGCUUAUCACAAACUCUCCCUGUACCGAAGGCUAGAUCACUUGCUUGUGCUUAAUUUAAAGCAGACUUUACCAAAACCUUCCUGUGACUAAAACUUUUCAUGUCCAUUUUCUUUUCUGCCCAAUGUGCUAUUUGAAGAGCUGUUUCCCUCUCCCCAAGGCAUUGUGCCGGUUCAGCUAAUGAAUCAAAGGCAACAUGUGUUAUUUAUAUUCAGCCCAAUGCCAAACACAUGACUUAGGUUCCAUUCAAACCCAUAUGGCUUUCCUGGGCCCUCUGCUCUAGGGUGAAUUCCCCCCUUGUCUAUAAUUUCUGCUGAAUAUGGACCUGUUCUUCACAGAAUUAACUGGAGUGGGGACGGAGAUGCACUGCCCACAGCUUGAGUUGCAUGGUUCCAGCUUUCUUCAAACAAGUUUACAUUCCCCACCCCCAAAGUAGGGCCAGCAUUUCCACAUGGGAACCUACAUUCACAUUUUGACACGUAAACAAUCGUCCUCUUUCUUCGGAGAAGUCAGCCGCCAUCACUACCAGUUUGGUCAGUGCGCACAUCAUCUCUGAAAAUCAGUUGCUUAAAUAUGGCUAUAGGUACCUAAUUUGAGCCAGAAUUUUCAAACCCAGGUGUGUAGGUACAUGCAGCAUGUGAUGACUUGCCUGGUCCUUUGUCACCGGAGUGUCAUGAGUGACAUUAACACUGCGCUAUUCCUUUGUCACCUGCCCAAUAGGGUGUCUGUUUCAUGAAUGUCAUUAGUACUGUACUGUUCCUUAGUUUCUGGGUAUAUGUAAAGCAGGGGGUUGGAAUGUUAUAUCUCUUGCCAAUACAUCUGCUGUCUGUUUUGGCCUUGAACUGCAUUCCUCCUAUUUCAUUGCUGUUAUGGCUCUUGAUUAAGCAGCCUUGGAUUCAUUAUGUAACUGUGUACAGAAUCAGUAAACUAUUCAGAUAUACA